CCUCACUCCAGCAGAACUCCAAUUCAUAUUCAAAUAGCGAAUUUGACACAAGUAAUCAAAAUGUCGCGCUCUCUACCGCAAAUACCGAGUCUCAAUACGGGGUUAAACGCCUCUCAACACCAAGAGGAUCUUUCCUCACUCUUGGGCGACCUGUCCCAACCAGCACGUGUGAGAAGUUGCGUGACAUGUCGGGCGAGAAAAGUAAAGUGCGACAAAGUGUCUCCAUGUUCCAAUUGCAAGCGUUAUGGCAUUGCUUGUGUUCUGGCUCCGUACCGCCCACCUCGAUGGGCCCGGCGGGCCGCUCCUGGUGCCAGUAGCUGUACCACUAGUCCACCAAGCACAGCACCACCCCAGACACCAGUCAUGAGCAGCCUACCAAACACAAAUUCGCAAAAGGCAGAUGCAACUCAUGUCAUGCAACGGUUAGAAAAGCUCGAACAGCUCGUUAAAGACCUGGGUGGUGAAGCCGCUAUUCGCAACGCCAACAACCUGUCCAAGUCACCUGUUGAGAUGACCCAGAAGUUAUCAUUGGAUGAUACAAACCAACAGGACCAUGUGAGAAGUGGCAUAUUCUCGAGAAUCUAUGACGAGCUUGACCUCCUACGGUCUCAAACCGGAGCAUUGCACCAAGAAGACCCAAAUAGCUCCGACUCGGAUCCCGAAGAUGCAUUUCGAAAUGCCAAUACUGCGGCUACUCAAGUCUCAUCGCCGAGGCACACUGUUUUUCUAGGACAAAGUCUAGGGUCUAGCGGAGCAUCCAUCUAUCACUUGUAUCCAGCUCCAGCGCAGGUACCUUUUUUGCUUGGGGUAUUUGGUGAGAAUGUCAACAGCUUGAUGCAAACUGUUCAUAUGCCUGCCGUCAAACAGCUUCUAUUACCGAAGCAUGAUGGAGCCCCACCAGUACUUGGACCGGCGCAGGAAACCUUGAUGUUUGCCAUUUACUUUGCGGCUGUCACGUCAAUGGAAGAACCAGAUGUAGCAGGGAAUCUCGGGUCUACCAAAGAUGAGCUCACACGAAAGUUUCGUUCCGGUUUUGAGCAUGCUCUUGCAAAAACGAACUUUCUCGGCUCGCCCAGCCUCAUUGUGGUCCAGGCGCUUCUCAUAUUUCUUUUGUUGGUCCGCUGCAACGACAGCCCCAGGUUUGUCUGGAUGAUGACUGGAAUUGUGAUCCGGAUGGCCCAAUCUCUUGGCCUCAACCGGGAUGACGCUAAGAUGAAAGGCCUUUCACCGUACGAAGCUGAGAUGCGUCGCCGAGUUUGGUGGGGUGUUUGUUUCCUUGAUGCCAGGACAUCGGAAGAUCAAGGCACCGAGGUCACAAUAUCCCAUGGUACUUUCGACACAAAGCUUCCCCUGAAUGUGAACGACUCAGAUAUCAGCCCGGAUAUGACGGAACUUCCCGCGGAACGGGAGGGCAUGACAGACAUGAGCAAUGCUCUGUACUGCUAUGAGGUGUCUAACAUGAUGCGCCGAAUGAUGAAUCCAACAGCCGAUGGCAUCAGAGAUAUGGACCGGAUUCUGGACGAGCUCUACUCAAAAUUCGACCAGCGUUAUAUCCGACAUCAUCAAGCUGGGGAGCCUGAUAUCAAGUACUGGAUUGGAAUUACCGUUGCACGUCUUGUUGUCGCAAAGGUCCGGCUCAUACUUCACUUUCCCGCACUCCUCUCCUCGCCAAACAAGCAAGAUAUGCCCAUGGAGGUCCGCGACAAGCUCCUGCUGUCAGCGAUCGAAAUCACGGAGCAGAACCAUGCUAUCAAUACCCAGACAGAAAUCAAGGGAUGGAGCUGGGUAUCGCAUUCUUAUACACAUUGGCAUGCUAUCAUCUUCAUUCUUCUUGAGAUCACGCAAAGGCCUUGGUCGCCGACCGUUGAGCGCGCAUGGUUGGCUCUUCACAGCGAAUAUCUGGUCCCCAGCAAGUCGAGCCUAGAAAGGGGCCCGAGGUUUUGGACACCACUACGCCGGCUGAUAGCCCAAGCACGAAAACAUCGGGAAGCAGAGCUUGAACGUCUGCAGAAGGAUCCGGUCAGAGCAAGGUUACUAGAAGAAGAAGAUGCACGACGAACGCCCUUCGCAAGUGAUGGGCCGUUUCCAGACUCACUGAGUGCCCAAUUAUUUCGGGAACGAUGGCAAGGGCUUGUGGCGGCCAAGCCCGUUGGUAUAUCCUACAGCAGACCUGAAACAUCUGGCAUCGAGACCUCGUUCGGCGGAGCGAAUUUGGGGGGAUUUGGUCACACCAACAGCAACCAAGCUCCAAGCGGCUUCAACUUGGCCUACCAGGGGAUUGCAUUGACAGCGAGCCCUCUUACCAACCCAUCGAAUACUCCCAGUGCUUCCACAGCAGCCUUCGCUAAUAUACCGCCGUUCCCAAUGCCGAACAUGGCUAUUGAUCCUCAACCUUGGAUGGGGGUCAGUCCAACCUUGGCAGGAGAUAUAACUGGCGAAUUUCAGCCAGGCAUGGAUAUUGAUGACAACGUGGACUGGUGGGAAUGGCUUGGAAAAGCCGGUGUCAUGGACCCCCAUGGAGAUCCCGGCGGAGACGGGAUAUGA